CCUUGACGUUGUGUUUACAACCGUCUAAUCAGAGGGUCCGAAAGAUGUCUGUGCUCUGAUUGGGGCGAUGUCUGUGCUCUGAUUGGUUAAAAAAGCCGGCCCAGAGCCUAUGAACACGCCCUGCUGAGCGCAACCUGUCAUUCAUAUUCGGCAAAAUGUCUCCGCGCAUCGCAUGACUUGGAAAAUGUUACAGUAGAGUAGAGCCGCGUAUGCACUUGGCUGAAGAUCAAAUGAGCAACAAUUGGGCUUGUAAUGUAAUGAUGAACCGUCAAAUUAUUGUUUUAUUUUCUCGCUGCUUAUAACGCAGGCAUAUUCAUCUCGAAUAGAUUUUCCAUUACUUUAAACUAAAAGCGUUUCCGGGAAUUACCGCGUUAAACAUGGAUUUCAUUUUCGGUGGCGUGGCAGCGUGUGGCGCUUGCUUAUUUACAAACCCGUUAGAGGUCGUGAAAACUCGGAUGCAGUUGCAAGGAGAGCUGAAAAGCCGAGGAACCUACCAAGUGUAUUACAAGAAUGUGUUUCACGCAUUUUACACCAUAGGUAAAAUAGAUGGACUGGCUGGCCUUCAGAAAGGCUUGGUGCCCGCACUGUUUUAUCAGUUAUUUAUGAAUGGGGUCCGGCUGGGGUCUUACGCUAUCAUCGAGUCCUUGGGAUACAUUCACACGGACAACAGGGUCAGCGCAGCGAAGAGCACGCUGGCGGGGGGCGUUGCCGGUGUCGUAGGCGCUGUUAUGGGAAGCCCAAUUUACCUGGUAAAGACACAUCUUCAGAGUCAGUCAACUUCCUCUAUUGCAGUUGGACACCAGUAUAAGCACAGGGGCAUGACGCAUGCACUGCUGGACAUCCACAGACAGCACGGCAUUUUGGGUUUAUGGAGGGGAGCAAGUGCAGCAGUCCCAAGAGUCAGUGUGGGAUCAGCCGCUCAACUCUCCACCUUCUCUGCUUCUAAAGAGCUGGUCACUGACAUACAGGUUUUCCCUGAGAACAGCUGGUUAAUAGCUCUAAGUGCUGGUAUGAUCAGCAGUGUAGUGGUUGUAUUAGCUAUGACCCCUUUUGAUGUGGUCAGCACUCGCCUCUACAACCAACCGGUGGACCAUUACGGCAAGGGCAUAGUGUACAAAGGUUUUGUGGACUGUUUCUCAAUGACACUGAAAAAGGAAGGUAUGACUGGUCUCUAUAAAGGUCUUGGAGCAUCCUACUUCCGGCUUGGUCCGCACACCAUCCUCUCUCUGCUCUUCUGGAAUGAGCUGCGCUCUUUAUAUAACAGUCACAGCUAGUGUCUUACUUUAUAUGUAUAUCAGAGAAAGAUCCACUUCAUGAUGUUUCCCCACAUUAGCGGAAUAGUAUGCAAGAUUUUUUUUAAAGGUUAGAGCCUUAUUAAAUAUUCAAAGUUUAUUAUUAAUGACUAAGGUCUAAAAUAACAGCUAAGGCUGUUUACAUUUUUUAUAUAUAACAAGCAUUGUACGGAUCAAGCUAUAAGAUGAUUGAUAAGAUGACUUACCACACAACAAAAAGUUCCUUUAAUGAAGGUCACCGCAGCUAUUUGAGUCAUAAAAGACUAAGAUCUAUCUACUUACUUUCUAUCCAUGCCAUCACUUUAUCAAAGUUGCAGCAGUGCACCUAUGCAAAGCACUCAGUAUACGGUCUCCCCCAGAUUACUGUUAGUUUUUUGCGAUUGAUAAUUUAAUGAAAGAUAGGACUUCCUGCAUUUGAGUGGUUGUAUUGGGCGUUGGCCUUUUCCCAUUUAUAGUAAUACCACUGCAGUCUUUUGUUAAUAUCUAUAGUCUUUAGUCAUUAACACAGUUGUUGUAGCCAGGGUGCUGCUAUCCAGUCAUUAGACUGUUUUGGGUGCUUGCUACCAUGUUAUUAUGGGUAGUUGUCAGGUAAAAAUCUGAUCUGAAUCAGGUGUGUUAAAUAAGGGAGACAUCCAAAAUGUGCAGAGCAGUGGGUCCCGGCGAGGACUGGAGUUGAGAACUACUGGAUUAUGGCGCUUUUCCAUUGCAUAGUACCCCACGGUUUAGUUUAGUUUGGGUCAGGUCUGCUCACCUCACUUUGGCGUGGUUAGCUUUUCCAUUGAGUUUAGUAUCACUUCGCAGUGGGAGGGAUUAUAGGCGUGUCAUUAUAUUUACGCUGCCUACUGCUGUGACAUCAUACAAGUGAAGAGCGUUGUUGUAUAUUCCCAUACAUUCAUUUAUUUCUCAGUCUGCCACAAAAUUAAAAUUGGCCACCCCAAAUAGAUGUUUGCACAAACUGUUAUGGUGUCCCGGAUUCUCAACCUGUGGAUGUUUUUCAUCGCUAAAAGGGUGUUUGGGAACUUAUAGUAGAACACAGAUAACAACAUGUUUGCUCGAGACAGCGUAAGCUGUAAGCUAAAGCUAAUAUUUACAUUAUAGCAAUGACGCUUCUCUCAGACCAAUCAGUGACCUACAGUGUUUUCGCGUCACGUUUGGUAUCAGCUCGGGUCGCUUGGAACCCCAACCGAGGUGGUAUGAAAAAAAGUAUCGGGUACUACGUACUGCACCCAAUGGAAAAGCUCCCAAAAGUAAGCUGACCCGACCCAAACUAAACCAAACCGUGGGGUACUAUGCAAUGGAAAAGCGCCAUAAGAUUAAUCAAGUGUAGAAUUUAUUUUUACUCGUAGCAUAGACUUAUUGAAUCCAAAAGGGAGGGAUUUUCCAUGACCCUCUAGCCCAGGGGUCGGCAAGUAACUUUGGCCGCGGGCCAAUAUUUUUUUUAGCCAGUAGAUGGCGGGCCAACUGUUGUUGGCACACUUACGUCUUAUUUUGAAUUAGCCUAGUAUAGGCUAUCUGAUCUUUUGUCAAGAAACAUUGUCUUUAUUUCCUAUUUAAAAGACGAAAGACGGCAUUAAAAAUUGCUAAAAACAUGGUAAUGGGUCUGUGUAUCAUUCGUUCAAUCGUUUUUUUUUUCAAAUUAAAAACAAAAAUGAAAAAAUUAACCACCACGGGUUUUCUGAUUGUGUGCUCAGAUAAAAAAAUUAAUUACUGGAUUAGACAUUUUUUUUAUUUAACUCCUUU